GGAGUGUGUCCGCCCGGUAAUAUUUAUUUAUUCAAAUCAUAUAUAACUGAAAGAAAACCAAAAUAAGCUUUGCUUGUUAAUUUUUGUUUUGGCCUAUGGAUGAAGUGGCUUGUUCUAGACUCCAUUCCAGAAGAGCUUCCAACGUCACUAAUUCACCUCAAACACUUUCGUAUUUACGAAAUGUGUUUCGCUGAACACCAUGGAUUAACUUUUCUUGCUGUUUUGAUCAAAUGUUCCCCAAUCUUCGAGAAACUUGAGCUAGAGAUUGAUAUAGGGCAUAAUUAUUGUUAUGAAAAUGAGACAUGCUCUGGUAUAUUGGAAAAAUAUUCAGAUGUUCGGUUGGAGCAUCUGAAGGAAAUGGAGAUUCAAUGUUUCAGCAACUUGAAGCGCGAGAUGGAGUUUGUAAAGUUUAUCUUGGGGACGUCACCUGUCGCAUCUUGAAGUGUUACCACAAACCUCAUG